UAGCAUUUUUUGUUUGUCUGCAGAGGAUGGGGGAGCUGCUCUGGUCGAAUGUUAAACAGAGGUUUCGGUUGGUUUGAGGGAUUCAAGGUAUCGGGUAUGGAAGUAAAAUUAAUCCUAGCGGUGGUUUUGCUGGUCGCUGCAACUGCAACUGCCGAUUAUGUUCGACCGGCGCCUCGAGAAAACUUACAAUUCUUAUGGAAGCCGAGGGCUGCUUCUUAUCCCCAACAGGUUCACAUAUCUUUGGCUGGAGAUAAGCACAUGCGGAUUACAUGGAUUACUGAUGAUGCAUCUUCUCCUUCAAUUGUUGAAUAUGGAACAUCAUCUGGAGAAUACAUAUAUGUAGCUCAAGGAGAAAGCACAUCCUAUAGUUAUUUGUUCUAUAGCUCAGGAAAGAUACACCACACUGUUAUUGGACCACUAGAAGAUAGUACUGUUUACUUUUACCGCUGUGGAGGACAAGGUCCUGAGUUCAAGCUCAAGACCCCUCCAUCUCAAUUCCCUAUUACCUUUUCUGUGGCUGGAGAUCUUGGUCAGACAGGGUGGACUACUUCAACCCUAGACCAUAUAAACCAGUGCAUAUAUGACAUUCAUUUGCUUCCUGGAGACCUCUCUUAUGCUGAUUAUCGACAGCAUUUGUGGGACACAUUUGGUGAGCUGGUACAGCCACUAUCCAGUGCUAGGCCAUGGAUGGUAACUGAAGGAAAUCAUGAAAAGGAGAGUAUACCAUUAUUCAUAGAGGGGUUCACAUCCUAUAAUGCCAGAUGGAAGAUGCCCUUCAAGGAAAGUGGAUCAAGUUCAAAUCUGUAUUAUUCUUUUGAAGUAGCAGGAGUUCAUGUUAUCAUGCUUGGAUCUUAUGCAGAUUAUGAUGAGUACUCAGAUCAAUAUAUCUGGCUGAAGACUGAUCUUUUAAAAGUAGACCGACAAAGGACACCUUGGCUUCUAGUGUCAUUUCAUGUGCCAUGGUAUAACAGUAACAAGGCUCAUCAAGGUGAAGGGGAUGACAUGAAGGCUUCAAUGGAGAAGUUGCUAUAUGCUGCUGGUGUGGAUAUUGUGCUUGCUGGACAUGUCCAUGCUUAUGAACGCUCAAAACGUGUCUAUGGUGGGAAGCCAGAUUCUUGUGGAGCUGUCCACAUAACUAUUGGUGAUGGAGGCAACAGAGAAGGUCUAGCUCAAAGAUAUUAUAAGCCAGCACCGGAAUGGUCUGUGUUCCGUGAAGCAAGCUUUGGUCACGGUGAGCUGAGGAUUGUAAAUUCAACCCAUGCAUUUUGGAGUUGGCACAGGAAUGAUGAUGAUGAAGCAGUAAGAUCAGAUCAUGUCUGGAUAACAUCACUGGUCAGUUCAGGCUGUCUCAAUGAGAAGAUCCAUGGAUUCAGGAAGAUCCUCAUGGAGCCAUAGAUUUGAGAAAUGCCUACAUUUUCCUUUUUGAUAUAAAUAUCCUGGAAUGUAAUCCCAACUGUAAAUAUAAUCAUACCCGUUUACCAGUCUAGUGCAGAGGUAUUCUGGUUGAACCAUACUGUAAACAAGCAGUUUUAAAUGCUGAUCAACCUAGUUCCUAUCAAGUAUUACUUCAUUCUAAGGCAUGGAUUCCUUGAACAAAGCUCCUUUUUUUAAUGAGUUUGAACAAAGUUGUUUAUAGC